AUGGGAAAUUUGGCUUUAUGUCAAGGUGAUAGAACUGCGUCAAUGUUAUAAGCAGAAUAAUCAAUACGAUAAAGAAAAGUUACUCAAGUAACUGAGGCAGUUUAACUUGAUUUAGAAAAAGAUCGUAAAUAAUCAAUGAUUCCUACUUCUUAUAAUAAUUAAUAAUUAUUGACAUCAUGUCUUGAUGAUUGGUUAGAGAAUUUACAUGAAUCUGUAUUGAUAAGUCAAAUGAAUUUAAAUUGUGAUGCUUCGACUAAAUUUUUAUCUGAGAUUGAUGAAGAAGAAGAGGUUGAUUAAACUAAAUAAUCAUUUAUUAACUCUCAAGAAAUAUUAGAAUAUAAAUAGAACUAUCCUUACUGUAAUACAAAUUUAGAUAUGGUAAUAAUAAAUUUCUACAUCAUAAAGAAAAAUGAAUUCAAGUAAACAUAACUCAUAAUAAAGGCUUAAAUUAAUUUAGGGGCCUCCUAAAUAAAGAAUAAGAUGGUCUUGUUGGUAAUUGAUGGCCUAUACACCAAAAUUUCUCAUUUGUUCAGAUGGAUUAUCUUUUAUAGAAGAAGAUUAAAAAUAUGCGAAAGCUAUUAGAAUAGAUAUUCAUAGAACUAUAACAACUAAUAAUAUUAAAUAUUUUGAAACAGGAGAAGGUUAAUAAGAUCUAGAAAAAGUCUUAUUAAAAUUAUCAAAAUUAUUUCCAAAGUUAGGGUAUUGUUAAGGAAUGAACUUUGUAGUUGGAUUCACCUUAAUUAUUAACAACAAAUCUGUUGAUUAAAGUCUAUAAUUUUUGGCUUAAAUGAUGGUAAAUCCUAAAUUUAUGCUUUACUACAUUUAUACAGAUAAAAUGCCAUUGGUAAAACUAUUAGAAUUUAUAUGUAUAAAUGAAAUCAAAUUAAAAUUUCCUGAUUUAUACAAUCACAUAUUCAAUAAGUUAGAAGUUGAUAAUGCUAUCUGGAUUACCAAAUUAAUUAUGACACUCUUUCUAUAUAAUUUUCAUAUAAAUAAUGUAUGUAGAUUUUGGGAUUUUUUAUUGGCUACUAGUAUUUUUGAUAUUUCAGCCAUUAUUUGCUCUUUGAUUGAUAUUAAUAGAAAUCAAAUAUUAAAAAUGGAUGAUUUACAUUAAUUUGUCUAGUGGUUUGAUACUUUCCAACAAUUAGAAUUAGAUUAAUUUCAAAUUGAUUAGCUAAUAAAAAAUUGUAGUUAAUUCAAAUUAAAUAAAAAAAAGAUAAAUUAAUAUGCUCUUCAUUUUUGUAUGUUGCAUCCUAUCAAGCAUCCUUUAUAAUAAUAAAUUGCAGAAAAUUAUGAAAACUUAAAUAAAAUGAAAGAAUUCCUUAAAAGGGAUAUUUUUAGUUGUUGA